AUUAUCAAAGUCCCAGAAUGAAGUGAAAGAGGCUUUCUUUCAUGCGCACACUAUUCUGCUCAUAGAAUAAAAUUCAUCCAACAAAAAAAAAAAAAAAAGACGAGAACCAAGUAGGCAUGGGCUAUGACAGGCUCGGACCAUCACAACAAGCGGGUUCAGAAACCGUUCAGAACCACCCAGAAACUGUCACGUCACUUCCAGAGACCCGAACCAAGAACAGCACGAAGCUGAUCCUCCUCUCCCUCGGGCUCCUCCUCGCCGCCGCCGUCUCCGUCGCGCUCUUCGCCGGACUCCGGGUCCUAUCGCCGGGUCGAGUCGACCCAAACCGGAAACCCACCCAGGCAAUUUCCCGGGUCUGCGGCAAGACCCUGUACCCGAGUCUCUGCGUAAGCUCGCUCCUCGAUUUCCCGGGCUCUCUCGCCGCCGGCGAAGAUGAGCUCGUCCACAUCUCAGUCAACAUGACCCUCCAGCGAUUCAGCAAAGCCCUCUAUGACUCGUCGGCGAUCUCCUCCGUUCAGAUGCCGCCACGUGUACGGUCCGCCUACGACGCCUGCCUCGAGCUCCUCGACGAUUCCGUCGACGACCUCUCUCGCGCCCUCUCCGGAGGCGGAUCCCACUCCGAUGUGUUGACAUGGCUCAGCUCCGCCAUGACCAACCACGACACCUGCACCGAGGGCUUCGACGAGAACGAGGGGUUCUCGGACAGCGGAGGCGUGAAGGGUCGGGUCGGCGGAGCGGUGAAGGACUUGUCGGAGCUGGUGAGCAACUGUCUGGCGAUAUUUUCCGGAAAAGUGGGAGAUCUGUCGGCAGUUCCGGUGGAGAACAGAAGAAGGAGAUUGCUUGAAACAGAGGAGGAGUUGGAGUUACCGAUAUGGUUGGGAAAGAGAGACAGAGAGCUUCUGAGUAUACCGGCGGCGAAGAUUCAGGCAGACAUUGUCGUGUCCAAAGACGGCACCGGCACUUGCAAGACCAUCGCCGAGGCCAUCAAGAAGGCGCCGGAGCAUAGUAGCCGUCGGAUCGUCAUCUACGUCAAAGCAGGAAGGUACGAGGAGGAGAAUCUAAAGGUGGGGAGGAAGAAGACGAACGUGAUGUUCAUCGGAGACGGAAAGGGCAAAACGGUCAUAACCGGCGGAAAAAGCAUCUCCGAUGACCUCACCACUUUCCACACCGCAUCUUUCGCUGCUACCGGAGCCGGGUUCAUUGCGAGGGACAUGACGUUCGAGAACUACGCCGGACCAGGCAAGCACCAGGCGGUGGCCCUCCGGGUCGGAGCCGACCACGCGGUGGUUUACCGAUGCAGCGUGAUCGGGUACCAAGACGCACUCUACAUCCAUUCGAACCGUCAGUUCUUCCGAGAAUGCGAUAUCUACGGUACAGUCGAUUUCAUAUUCGGGAACGCGGCCGUGGUUUUACAGAACUGCAGUAUCUACGCGCGAAAGCCAAUGCCUGGUCAGAAGAACACGAUCACGGCUCAGAACCGGAAGGAUCCGAACCAAAACACAGGGAUCUCGAUCCACGCCUGUCGGAUUCUUCCGACGUCGGACCUCGAGGCCUCGAAAGGAAGCUUUCCGACUUAUCUUGGACGGCCAUGGAAGCUGUACUCGAGAUCUGUGUACAUGAUGUCGUACAUGGGCGAUCACAUUCACCCACGUGGGUGGUUGGAGUGGAGCGGUGGGUUCGCGUUGGAUACGUUGUACUAUGGCGAGUACAUGAACCGUGGACCCGGGUCGGGUACGGGUCAACGGGUCAAGUGGCCGGGUUAUCGCGUCAUCACGUCGGCAUCUGAGGCAAGCAAGUUCACGGUGGCUCAGUUCAUCUCCGGCUCGGCGUGGUUGCCUUCUACCGGCGUAGCCUUCUUGGCCGGACUCACCCAAUAGGCAGAAUCUGUCAAAGCCUCUGUACCAUACAUACAUAUAUAUACACGUAUAUAGAAUUUCAAGAUUCAUAUAUAUAUAGAGAGCCCAAAAAAAAAAGAGGAAUGCAUAUUGAAUAAGUGUAAAAAUCAUGGUUCCUUCCUUCUUACAGUCCUUCAGAAUACUUGAAAGAUGCAUAUUGUACUUUUUGUCUGACACUGCAUUUAUAUGUAAGAAACAUAUAAAGAUGGGGAGUAUGUGAAGUCUUGUGAUUCAGAUUCUCUA